GCCCAGGACGCGGCCCCGCUCAGCGAGCUGCGUCUGGACAGCAACGUGGCCGUCCGGCUGCCCUCCAGGCCCGUGAAACAAGGGGACGUGGUCACCGCCUACGUCAGCCUCGCCGGCAACUCCACCGUGGACCUCUUCGUUCUGAGGAUACCCAGUUCUCCCCGCGGGAAUUCCCAGCACGUCUACACCGUCGGCCUCCGUGGUCAGCCGGACGCCCGCUCGCCGUGGGAUAGACACGGGCAGCCCUGGCUUUGGAAAGCAGACGCAGAAGCGCGGGAGCUGACGGAGCCGGGGGUGAGGACACAGGCCCGGCCGGCUCGCCGCUGA